GGUGCCCCAAGGUGACACCAGAGGUCCUCGUGGACAUUUGGAAUACCACACAGUACCCUUUCGACCAGCGGCGAGAGAGACAGGUGCGAGAUUACAUGGAGUAUCGUGGCAUCCGGAAUAACAGAGAGGUGGGAGUUGGAGUGGGGGAGGAUGACGAGGUGCAGGAUGUUUUGACCGGGAGGGGGCGGACAGCGAGGGAGGACGUUGUGGCGGCGAGGACGAUGAGAUGGACAGGGGCGGAGGGUGAGGGCGAGGGACCGACGGAGGAUGGCGGUGAGGACGAUACAAGGACUCGUGCACCUAUGGAUGGCCGUGGGAAGAGGAGGGCGGACACCGCUCCUGCGGCACGCGUGUCGGACCCGAAACGUUUGAAGCAGGUCAGACUGGAUGAGAUGUACGACCCGGAGUGGCAGACCACCUUCAACCAUCUCUUCCUGCAGUGGUGGUAUAUUGGCGGUGUCCCAUUUGAGAGGGCGAGGAUGCCCGAGUACAGGGCCCUCACGAGACAUUUGCAGAACAUGCCCCGGGGCAUGAAGCCUACUUUGCCCCAGUUCAAGCGCAUAGCAGGCAGUGGCAUACAGGAGGAGCGUGCGUACAUAGCUGAUAAGCUACGUGACAUACGCGAGCAGAUGCAGCACACAGGGGCUACCAUCCUCACGGGUGGGAGAAAGUCCCUGAACUCUGAGCCCAUCGUGAACUUCCUGGCAGCAGGACAGUCGGGCGCCUUCCUUUUCACGACGGUGCGCAGGGAAGGGGUUGACGCAGAGACGUCAGACCUCGUCUUGCAGCGCUGGAAGAAGGUGUUCGAGAAGUUCGGCGUGAGGAACAUCAACGCCAUCUGCACGGACUCUGCAUUAGUUUAUGUCGCCGCCGGUCGAGCGCUUUGCAACGAUCCUGAUCCAGAUAUCCGUCGCAUCCCUUGGCUCCCUUGUUCUGUCCAUUGCUGCGACUUGAUGUUGUCAGACAUGGCCAAGGAUAAGACAUGGGUCAUCGACUUGUUGACCAGGGCGAGGGCGGUUGUCCGAUUCAUUAGAUGUCACGGAUCGGCUCUCGCGUUGUUCAGGAGUUACAGUGCGAGGGCCGAUCGCGAUGCAUGUGCGGACCGUUUGGGUGGCAGCGCCGUGGGUGGAAAGGGGACAGUAGGCAGACCACGACGCGGCCGAGAGUUGUUGUACCCCUGCCAGACGCGAUUCGCGUCUAUGUACAUCAUGAUGGAGAGGUUGCGCGACCUCAGGGUUCCACUUGAGACGAUGAUGUUGGAGGGGGAUUGGGCGCGACUUCCAUGGGAGAGGAGGUUGUUUGGGCAGGCCGGGUGGGUGCGCAAACAGUUGCGAUGCGGGCUGUUUUGGGAGGAGAUGGAUGAUCUCAUCGACGUCUUCACCCCGGUAGUGCAGCUGUUGAGGAUGUUGGACCAGGGGGGUUUGGUGAUCUCUUGCAUCUUCCGGUGGGUGACCCAGUUGGCCGAGGAGAUUCGGAAGUUGGAGUCGACGAGACCUCGCCUGGUUGGCAUGCUGCAGGAUUGUUACGCUCGUGCAUGCCAUCUGCUCGAGCCUGCCCAUGCUGCCGCCCAUCUUCUCAAUCCCAAGAGGCGGAACUUCGUUUACUUCCAGUCUCCGAGGCGCAGCGAUCAGCAGAAGAAGGUGGCCGAGAUGACACUUGAGUACAUCUACACGCAGACGGGCUUCGACCGGCAGGGAGACAGGUACAGGUUGGUCCGUCAGCAGUUCUACGACUUCCACGCGCUCGGGCUGAGGUAUGAUUGGGGUGGAGAUGCAGGCACUGGAGACGAGGACACGUGCGAGGGGCCGGAUGAGACACAGGCCAUUGCUGACUGGAGGGUUUUGCACGGUAGCUGUGCCCCUGAGCUUUGUGCCAUCGCCACACGUCUGAUGUACACGUGGGUCUGCGCCUCUCCUGCGGAGAGGAACUGGGCGUUGCACGACCGUAUCCACGAGAAGCGCCGCAACGGGUUGGACUUCACGAAGCUGAUUGAAAUGGUGGAGAUGUGUGCGAACAAGAAGCUCCUGGCGUGUAGACAGAGGAGGAGGGGACUUGUUCUGCCGUGGGGUGAUCUUGAGGAGGGGUUGGACGACGUCCCGGAGCCGCGCAGAUCAACUCAUAUCGAGUUGUACCACGAGGAGAUCGAGUACGAUCCACCCACGGACCCGCAUGCUGCAAACGAGAUGGAGGCAGAGCCCUGGAUGGACCCGGAGGACUUGGAGCAGAGAGGCAGUGACACAACUAAUAGCCAUUGUGAUGUUGAUCACAUGACCCCUCCCUUGACUAGGAGUGCGACGAAUAGAGGGCGCAAGCAGACACAGGUUGUGCGAUCGUCGAGCGAGGACAAGGGAGGUGACAGGUCUGACGACGGAGAUGCCGCCGAUGAUGAGGACUCCGACGUCGAGAGAGAGGGACCCGACCAGGACAGAGGACAUGGGGACGAGCAUGGAUUCGACGGCGGUGAUGGCAGUGGGCCGAUUGAGGACGGAGCGGGUGGCGCCUUCCUUGUUACUCCUCGCCCUAGUGUAGCGGGCGGGGGCGGUAGUGGCGGACAUGGAUUUGGUUUGGAGGUACCGCAGGGAUCGAUUCCCUUAGGCAUUUUCAGUGACGGCUUCGACCUUGGACGUCCACCCACUUCAGAUGCUCGGCGCGGCGGGGUGCAUGUUCAGACACCGGUGAGCGAAGUCGCACACCUCAUAGGGUCGGUUUUUGGUGGUGCUAGUUCAGGUUUGUUGACAGAGGCUGCCAGAGCGUCAGGUGAGAUACAGGAGGGCAGGACUGGUGACGACGGCGGUCGUGUUGCCAGGAGGCUACAUAUGGACCCCGAGGGUGUGCUUGAGGAGGAGCGUUUGGCACGGAUGGUGUCGGGGUGUGCCACGACACAGCGGCUUGCGUUGGAGCAGAACACGACCAGGGCGAGGGAGAUGGGGUGUAGUGUAGAGGAGGUCACUGCCGCCAGACUAGCAGCACAGUGUAGACAUGAUGGUCCUGCAGAUGUUGUAGAUGGUGGAGGACUCUGCACAGAGGGACACGUGGUGGAUCGUGCGGACGACCACCAGGAGGAUGCGAGGGUAGGGUUGGGUGGUUUAUGUGGGGCCAGCGACACCGUACUACCCACUACUGAUGAGUCGGACGGGGCCGACGGCGCGGCCACAUCAAACGCAGGGGGGUUGCUUGGGUGCGAUGGCACUGAGGUGGAGGGGCAGGUGGAUAGAGCACUUGUCGGCGUUGUUGUUGCCGCAAUGGAGGAUGUGGUCGCAGAUCACACUCAGGAUGGUCUUGUCGACCUCGGGGAUAUUGUUGCACACCUUAUAGAGGCACACGUGCCCAGCCUAUCCCCACUCGGGCGCCACACUGCUGGGAUUGAUCCAGUGAUGGGCAGGAGCAGGCAUAUAUCGAAGAGGCUUUGGAAGGCUGUGCCUCCAUCUUCUUUCGUGCCUGUUAGUUCGCCAGCACCCUCGGGGGUAUCGGGGGAUAUUGGGAAGACUAUGGAGAUGGCCGACUUGUUUGAGCAGUUGACAGGUCAGAGGGUUAUCGAGCCGGGACGGGUAUCAUGGGGAGCAGGGCCAGUUGUUGUAGGUACACGACCAGCAUGUGCAGGGGUGGUGAGUGGACGGGGAGGUGAGUCUGGUGGCAGUGUUGUGGGCGGGGGAGGGGGUCCCGCAGUUGUCGGCGGACGGUCGGGCCUUUCGCGCGGGAGUGUUGGUUGGGGAGAGGGUUCUGCUGCGCCGGCGACGGCAGGAGGGCGAGUGCAGGUGCAGGGUUCUCCAUCACCUUCAUCGAAGGCAAAGGGGAAGUCCGUAUCGUGGAGCGGCAUCAGCAGGGUCACCCGCAAACUCAAGGAUGCUAUGCCUGGGGUCACGGGUGAGAGGAGGGAUCGUGAGGGGAGGUUGACAGAGAUGUUUGCGGACGCAGCAGGCUGGGUACGGAAGGGAGAUAGGUUGGAGCAUCCUGGUGCCGRGUCGUCGUGUGMUGCAGAUCGACGGGGCAGCACGAUGGUUGCACCGCCGUCACGACCGCCCACAGCAGGUGCGGCACAGCGAGAUGGUCAUCGACGUCCGAAAGGGCGAUCUUCCACACGUGCUUUGCCAGGUGCCCGACCACCCCCAACAUUGCUGGAGGAUAACCCUGAUCCUGUCACUUUGCAGACGAGCCUUGGAGGUUGUAUUUCUACUGCACACACGAUACUGGAUGAGGAGCCGCGACGUCAGACAGGUACAGGACCGGGUAGUCGUCGAGCUGCUGGGGGCCGCACGGAGGAUUCCGCGACGGAUGGGGUGCCCAUGCCUAGGGGUAGGAAGACAUACACGACUCUGAUUGGCGUUUUGGGACGUUCUGCUGGAGGCGGUGUUGAGAGAGAGGCGGAGGUCCAGGAGGCAGAGAGGGUGGCAGCCAGAGCAGUUGCCAGUCAUGCCGUGUUUGCGUCACAGCAUCCAGGGGAGGGAGAGGAGAUGGCGGCGAAGGUGCCGCAAAGGCGGCGAGAGCGCAUCAUCGACGAUGAUGACACAGACGACGGGCAGUGCGAUGCGCCGUAGACUAGGACUCAUCGUGUUCGCGCCGAUGAUGUUUGUGUGUAUCUUUCUUCAUUUAGAGUUUCACAGGUUUCGUU